CGCAUUGCAGUUGGUUUCGCCCCGAUGCCCGCUGCCAAAGUCCACGCGGUCGAGAGCGAUAGCUUCCGUCAGCGGGUGCGGAGGAUACGGGCGAGAGAUUUGCUGUGGCAGACCACAGCCUUUCUCGGGUUCGCAUCGAGGGCGCUCGUGCCACUCAACAACUCGGCCACGACGCAGUCUUUCGUGAUCUUUGGCUUGUGCCGCAUCCAGCCCAUCCACCCGCACCACCCAUGGAUGAAGAAAUGGGACAUGAUCUCCGUCGCCUUGCUCUUCUAUACUGCGAUUGUGACGCCGUACGAGACGGCCUUUCCCGACUCUUCCUUCUCUGACGCCAUGUUUGUGCUGAAUCGGCUCGUUGACUUGUGCUUUCUGUUUGACAUGCUUCUCCGCUUCUUCCUCAUGUACCGAGACGAGUGGUCCAAUAUCUGGAUCGCACAGCCCACUCAGAUUGUUCGGCACUACAUCAAGGGCUGGUUCGCCGUCGACCUCGUCUCUGUGAUACCGUUCGAUUUGAUCAACUUUUUUGUUGGGUCGUCAGCAGUGCAGCAACUGCGACUCAUGCGUGUGCUGCGACUACUUCGCCUUAUGAAGAUCAUCCGUGUCAUCCAAGGCACCGACAUGUUUACACGCUGGGAGGCCAAAAUGAGCAUGAACUACGCAACGCUGGCGCUCACCAAAUUCGCGUUCAUCGCGCUCAUGAUCUCGCACUGGAUUGCUUGCAUCUUCCGCUUCAUUGUCGACAUCGAGUAUUACGUCGACAGCUCUGGCAAGGUCUACAACUGGCUCACAAUGCACAGCAUGGGCUCGACGCCGCUCUCGGAGAUGCCGCCAUCGACGCAGUACAUUUCCGCACUGUACUGGUCCGUCAUGACACUGACAACCAUCGGAUACGGUGACCUCGUGCCUUCGACGCUCGCCGAGCGUGCACUCUCGAUCGCCUGCAUGCUUCUUGGGGCUGGCACGUACGCCUACGUUGUUGGCGGCGUCUGCCAAAUCCUCAACUCGAUGGACGCGUCAACAACCGAGUUUCACCAAACGCUCGACACACUCAACGAGUACGCGACGCAGAACCAGUUGCCCGCGGAGCUCACGUCACGCCUUCGUGAGUACUUUCACUCGUCCCGAGCGCUGCUGCGCGACAAGCAAAAUCUCGACUUGCUCCUCACCAUGUCGCCUGGCCUCCGCGGUGAAGUCUCGGUCUUCAACAACAAGUGGAUUGCCGACAUUUCUUUUUUCCACUGCAGCGACGUACUCGAACGUGCCCAGUUUGUCACAGCUCUGGCGCUUGUGCUUCGACCCGAGUGCUUUCCGCCCUCGGAGUUUGUGAUUCGCGAAGGCGAGCUCAAUACGAAAAUGUACCUCGUCCAGCGCGGCAUUGCCACCAAAGACAAAGUGGUUUACGCUGGAGGCACCUACUUUGGCGAGGACAUUAUUCUCCACCUCCGCCAGCGCAAGAUUGCAGUUCGCGCCUUUUCGUACCUCCACGUGCAAGUACUCUCCAAGUUUGACCUUGAAGAUAUCAUGGCCACGGGCUUGUACCCGCAAGUGCACCGCAGCAUUCGGCGCCAAGUCGUGAAAAUUGCCUUUCGAAACCAGUUUGUGAACACAGCGUCGCGCUUCCACAAGGCGCGCUUGUCCGUACGUUGCCCACUGCCGCGGCUGUAGCAUCACGAGCACAUUAGAUCGCGGACCUGCCGUCCACGGCUGCCGAAAUGCUAUCUUGCCGGCGACGCUCCUCCGUCUUUCAGCCGCAGGUCAACGAAGAAGAGACCGUUGAUCGCAUUGUCGAGGGCGUGUCCUCCUCCGUUUCUGGCACCGUUGGGUUUCAAGACGACGAGCUCGCCGCCAGUCUCGUGUCGCGCUUGGACGAGGUUGUUUUGCGCCUCUCACGCCUCGAAAAGUACCUCCUGCCCAAUGUCUCAUUCGAUCCGCCGCCCAGUCGUCGGCGAGAAUCCAUGGCGUCGCGCAGUAGCUCCCGCCGCGGCAGCGUCACCAGCGGCAGCCUCGGGCCCGUCGACAAUAACGACCCUUGGCACUCGUCGAUACAGCUGGUGCGUCGAACCAGCGGCCGUGACGUCCUCAAGCUCGACCUCGACAAGUCGGGUUCGAGCAAGAAGCACCGGCACCGCACGUCGGUUCUGUAACCAACCAAUCCGACUUAUUUAACACGCGUCGGCGAAUGUUGUG